AUGUUGAAUAGACUUCGUAUCAAGCCUAGAUUUUUCUCCACAACCAUGUCCGUACCAUACAAGCAACCAGCCCACAAGCUCACCAUGAUCCCGGGGCCAAUUGAGUUUUCCGACUCUGUCCUUUAUGCCAUGUCGACUCCUUCUCAAGCCCACACUUCCCCUGAGUUUGUCAAGACUUUCCAAUCAACAUUGCAAAACUUGAGAAAGCUUUUCAAGUCCACCGACCCAAAGGCACAACCAUAUGUUUUGGCCGGGUCUGGUACUUUAGGUUGGGAUGUUGCUGCCGCCAACUUGAUCACUCCUGGUGAUAAGGUUUUGGUGUUGUCUACUGGAUUCUUUUCCGAUUCAUUUGCUGAUUGUCUCAAGGUUUACGAUGCUGAUGUUGAUGUUGUUACCGCCGAAGUCGGUGACGUUGUUCCGCUCUCCACCAUUGAAGAAAAGCUCAAGGCUGAAUCUUAUAAGGCUAUUACCAUUACUCAUGUUGACACCUCCACUUCUGUUGUCAGUGACGUUAAGGCCAUUUCCGAGGUUGUUAAGAAGGUUUCUCCUGAAACCUUAAUUAUUGUCGACGGUGUUUGCUCCAUUGGAGUGGAAAACUUGGAGUUUGACAACUGGGGUGUUGAUUUUGCCCUCACUGCUUCUCAAAAGGCAAUUGGAGUUCCAGCUGGUUUGUCGAUCUUCUACGCUUCCUCUAGAGCCGUGGAAAAAGCCUUAGGUAGAGAAAAGGACUCCCUGUACUUUGCCUCUUUGAAGAAAUGGACUCCUAUCAUGAAGGCAUACGAAAGUGGUUCCGGUGCUUAUUUUGCCACCCCAGCCGUUCAAACUGUCACUGCCUUGAAGGUCUCCUUGGAUGAAAUUUUGAGUGAAACAUUAGAUCAAAGAUUUGCUAAACAUGCACAAGUUUCUAAGGAUUUCAAGGCUUACUUGUCUAAGUUAGGUUUAAAGAUUUUACCAAAGAAUGAAGAGGUUGCUGCCAAUGGGUUGACUGCCGUUUAUUUCCCAGAGGGAAUCAAUGGGGCUGACCUUUUGGCCAAGUUGGGAACCAAGGGUUUCACUGUUGCAGGAGGAAUUCACAAGGCUUUGGUUGGUAAGUAUUUCAGAGUUGGUCACAUGGGUGUCUCUGUUUACGAAGGUCACGUUGAAAAGAUCUCCAAGGCUAUUUCUGAAUCUUUAGACGAACUCAAAUGA